AAUUGGAUGGCAAGCCAAUGGCCAGUUAAAACAAUUGGACCGACUAUUCCAUCAAUGUUCUUAGACAAGCGGUUGGAGGAUGACAAGGAGUAUGAUCUCAACCUCUUCAAGCCUAAUGCAGAUGUUUGCAUGAAGUGGCUAGACACGAAGGAAAUUGGCUCUGUCGUUUAUGCAUCAUUUGGAAGCUUGGCAGCCCUAGGAGAAGAGCAGAUGGAGGAGUUAGCAUGGGGCCUGAAGAAUAGCAAUUGCUACUUCUUAUGGGUAGUUAGAAAAUCUGUAGAGAACAAGCUUGCCAAUAAUUUUUUACAGGAAACGGCAGAGAAGGGGUUGGUUGUGAGUUGGUGCCCUCAACUAGAUGUAUUAGCACACAAGGCAAUUGGGUGCUUCAUGACUCACUGUGGAUGGAACUCGACACUUGAGGCACUGAGCUUGGGAGUGCCAAUGGUUGCGAUACCACAAUGGACGGAUCAACCAACUAAUGCCAAAUUCAUUGUGGAUGUUUGGAAGGUAGGGGUUAGGAUUAAACUGGAUGAAAAAGGCAUUGUGACCAAAGAAGAAAUAGAGCUGUGUAUAAGGAAAGUAAUGGAGGGGGAGGAAGGGAAAGAGACGAAAAAAAAUUCAAUGAGAUGGAAGGAAUUGGCUAUAGAAGCUGUAGACAAACGUGGAAGCUCAGAUAAAAACAUAGAGGAGUUUUUAGCAAAACUUGCACACACGCAAUGUUAAUGUAGACAGUUGCUCUACAUUUCAAUAAUGUAUGAUUUUACUAUUUUAUUUCAUGCACACUCCUGAUGCCAAUGUAAGCAGAAGCUCUAUAUUUGAAUAAUGGUCGAGAAAAUGUA